GGUGGAUUGUUGACGCCUGUGGCUGCUGCGGUGGCGACGGUGCCGCUGGGGAGGGGCCACUGGGGAGGGGAGACGGCGCAGUGACAGGUACCGCGGAGGGUGCUGCUGAGGCGACAUGGCAGAGGGGCCCGAGGAAGCCCGAGGCCGCCCUCCAGGGCAGGACGACGGCGGAGGGGACCACGAGACCGUCCCUUCCCUGAGAGGCCCUCCCGCCGCCGCCGCCCCGUGCCCCCGGGCUGGGCCCCAGGUUGAACCCCAGGCCCCGGGCCGGCCCCCAGCCCCCGGCCUCGCGACCGCCGCCGAGGAGUCGCAGCCGGCGUGCGAGCUCAGGAAGCGCGGGGAGGCGGCCUCCGGCUCUGGUGCGGAGCUGCAGGAGUCGGCGGGCUGCGAGGCGCUUGAGGCCGCGGCACCGCGGGAGAGGCAGGCGCGGCUGAGCGCUCGCGAGUACUCCCGGCAGGUGCACGAGUGGCUGUGGCAGUCCUACUGCGGCUACCUCACCUGGCACAGCGGCCUAGCCACCUUCCCCGCCUACUGCAGCCCCCAUCCGCCCACACCGACCUACCCCUCGGGCGGCGCUGCGGGUCCCCAGGCUGCGGCGCCCCCGCCCCCCCAGCUGGGCUAUUACAACCCCUUCUACUUCCUGAGUGCCGGGGCCGCGGGGCCUGGCCCCGGGGCGGCCACGGGCAUCACCACUCCUGCUCCAGUCGCUGGCCUGGGACCCCGGGCCCCUCACGUGCAAGGAUCAGUCCGCGCCUCUCCAGUGACGAGGGUAGGAUCCGCAGCCCCUUCGCGAACCCCGAGCGAGACCGGGCGGCAGGCAGGCAGAGAGUAUGUUAUUCCAUCCUUGGCCCACAGAUUUAUGGCAGAGAUGGUGGAUUUCUUUAUUCUCUUCUUUAUAAAAGCAACCAUUGUCUUAAGUAUUAUGCACCUCAGUGGAAUAAAGGAUAUAUCUAAGUUUGCUAUGCAUUAUAUAAUAGAAGAAAUAGAUGAAGACACAUCAAUGGAAGACUUGCAGAAAAUGAUGGUUGUGGCUCUUAUAUACAGAUUAUUAGUUUGUUUCUACGAGAUAAUUUGCAUUUGGGGAGCCGGUGGAGCUACCCCAGGGAAGUUCCUGCUAGGGCUUCGAGUUGUGACAUGUGAUACAUCAGUACUUAUUGCACCGAGUCGGGUUUUAGUGAUUCCUUCCUCAAAUGUUAGCAUUACAACGUCCACUAUACGAGCUUUGAUCAAGAAUUUUUCUAUUGCUUCUUUUUUCCCUGCUUUCAUCACACUGCUGUUUUUUCAGCAUAAUCGAACAGCCUAUGACAUUGUAGCAGGAACCAUUGUGGUAAAAAGAAAUGGGGUCAGAUGAUGCUCAAAAAAACCCUGAAUUCCACACUUUAUGGAAUAAUGACAAGACUAAACUAUGUAUCAAGGCCAUCAGUAUCCCUGGGUUAUAUUAAUUGAUGAUUUAGAAAUUAAAGCAGUCACUGUAGUGUGAUGCAGCUGACUAUUCUGAAAGUAUUGAUUUUACUUGAAUGCCAAAGAACUUUUCCAGAAGAAAAACCUGUUAAAUUCAAGUGUUAAAAUUUUUAGAUCGAAAAG